AUGCCGGCCAGCGGCCGCAUCAAUAUUGCCGCGGCGCCGGCUCUAUUACAAGAUGAAACCCUCUCACAUGGGUUUCCCGUGCAGGAGUGAAUCCCCUCCCUUCCUCCUGCACGCUACCUGGUAAUCGGCCAAUCAGCGAUGCCGAUUACGUCACGACGUAACCCCUCCCCCGCCUGCGGUACCGAAGAGAAGAGGAGCUGCUGAAGAAAAGAGAGCAGAGGAGAAGGGAGAAAAAGGAAGGACUCAGGAGAGCAGAGGAGAAGGCAGAAAAAGGAAGGACUCAGGAGAGCAGAGGAGAAGGCAGAAAAAGGAAGGACUCAGGAGAGCAGAGGAGAAGGGAGAAAACGGAAGGACUCAGGAGAGCAGAGGAGAAGGGAGAAAAGGGAAGGACUCAGGAGAGCAGAGGAGAAGGCAGAAAAAGGAAGGACUCAGGAGAGCAGAGGAGAAGGCAGAAAAAGGAAGGACUCAGGAGAGCAGAGGAGAAGGGAGAAAAGGGAAGGACUCAGGAGAGCAGAGGAGAAGGCAGAAAAAGGAAGGACUCAGGAGAGCAGAGGAGAAGGCAGAAAAAGGAAGGACUCAGGAGAGCAGAGGAGAAGGGAGAAAACGGAAGGACUCAGAAGAGCAGAGGAGAAAGGCUUAGACAGAUUGACUCCUGUCUGGGUCUGGAUCUCCAGUUCUGUCACUGA